AUGUUCCGUACUAUUAGGUUUUUAUGUUUUCCAGUUGAACAUCAAAGUGCUGCAAUCAGGGCUCUUCGUGAUGUGGAGGUUGAACAGUUUCAGACUUGGUGGCGUUUGUUCCAUUCGCAUUUCUGCAAGGACCAGCUACAGACUCCUGUACUGCAAGUUUUCAAGGAAAACCUUCCAAAUCUUAAAGUUGCUAAUGGAAGAAGCAUACAUGUUUCUCUUCUACACAGGAUGUCAGUAGUUUAUCCCAAUUACUCUGCUGCAAUGCCUUCUUUUAGUGGCUUUGAAUUUUCAAGCAAAGCAGCAAAAUCCAGCCUCAUUGGUGCAGAGAACCCACCGAUUGGGGGUUUUGUAUGUUUUUUUCCCUUUCCUUUCUUUCUCGGCCCUCCUUCUUUUUGUCUUUUUUGUUGUAAUGGGACGGGAUUGGUUUUGGAGGAGCCAUCCAAUCCUCAGAUGCUUGAGUUUCAAGAUGCUUUCCAAACUCCUGCGUUAUCCAUAUUGUCAGGACAUACUGUUUGCCCUUCGCUUGAUUCUAUAGUUUCUGAGGUUAGUAGCCAGAGGUUGUCUGUUGGCGUAACACCCAAAACUUUAAGGCUUCCGAAACAUGGUGAGGUGCUUCUAUCUGUUUAUGGCUCACCUCUAGGUUUUUAUAAGAAAGACAUGGAAGCUAUACAUGGUGUACUUCUCUGUACCCAUUAUCCAGAACAAGAAAGAAAAAUAUGUUUUUUUGACAAAUCAAGAAAAAAAUACAAAGAGAAGAGAAGAUUUCCUCAAAAUACACACCAGUCACAACAUAGGUGGUGUCUAAGGGAAGCAUCUGCAAACAAGCAUUCAAAAGUAAUAGCACCCCUCCUGGCCAACAAACUGGCAUCAGCAUUGGCUGCCCUAUGCAAGUACCUUGCAGAUUGCAAGACCAGUAUGUCCUUUGAAGAAUUUGAUCCUACCGGUGAUAAUAAAUAACUCAGCUUAAUAAGUCUAUUGUCAAAAAGCAGAAACAUGGUCAUGCAUAAAAUAGAAAUGAGUUUAUCAUUAUCAUGACACUUCAAAAAAUAUAUAUGGUUAUAUGAUUUCCUCAAGGCAUUGGUGAUUCUGAUAAUGAACAAAGUUGUCUAGCCCACCACGACAAGUUUCAGCAAAACAGAAAAUGGAGUGUCACUUGAGCAAAUCAAACAGAGGAUGAAGAAACUUCCAUUCUUUUCAGUCCCAAUCAAGUGGCAAACAUAUUUUAAUUAUGGUAUGGUGUAAACAACUCAAGCAUUCAAAAACUUAUAAGGUCAUGGAACACACAUUAUUAAUGAGUCAUAAUUAUUGAGACAGCCGUCCAUGGAUAGACCCCGA